UGGUAACCUUUGCGUGACGUCAUCACUGUGCGCUGAAUCCGUGUGCCCUCUGCAAGGUUGGGGAAACCGAGAAAUACCGGGGUUGAUAGACCACAGUACAUUAUAGCUGCGGGUUAAUCCGAUAGAGCACGUUGUGACGCCAUGUCGGGCUAUACACCGGACGAGAAGCUCCGACUGGACCAACUGCGGACACUGAGGAGGCGAUGGCUGAAAGACCAGGAGCUGAGUCCCAGAGAGCCAGUCCUUCCGCCAGCUAAAAAGGGGCCCGUGGAAAGGUUCUGGGGCAACUUCCUGCAGGAAAAGAACCUCUGGAGGAUCUACACUUUUAAAGCAUAUAAUGCUGGUGUUUUCACAUUAACAAGACUGCUGAUUCCAGCUUGGAUUGUUCAUUACUAUGUAAAGUACCAUGUGCAGACAAAGCCCUAUGCCAUUGUAAACUUGAAACCUCGACUAUUCCCUGGGGAUACCAUCAUUGAGACUGGAGAAGUUGUUCCACCAAUGGAGACUAGCAGCGGACACCAUUAAACCUGCAACUCUUUUUACUUUGUCGUAUUUCUAAAAUCCAAAAUAUUGCAGAGAUCCUAAAUUAAAUAUAUUUAAGAAAA